AUGUCUCAAUCUGCUUCUAAGCAUCAAGAGUCUGUUGAUCCUGAAGCAUCUUGCCGCGGCAUUGUAUACAGAGACCUUUCGCUCGAACAACAAGAAAUGAGCGACAUUCUGUAUAAAAUGGAGCGCUAUAACCUAGACCUGUUAGGCAUUGCAGAACUUGGUCGUGAUGGGAUUUUCCGGUAUCUCGAUGCUGAUCGCAAUAUUCACUAUGCAAUUACUCUAAGGCCGGCAUUAAUAAAGGCUCUAUUAGACCGCACGCCUUAUGAUCAGGAGGAAGAGGAAUUCUGGCGUAUCCUCCCACCACCACUAUCUGAGGAACAUCGAAACAAGGGCCGACAGCUUAAUGAGAUGAACAAAGAGAAGUUUGACAAGAUUCGUGCGGAUUCAAAGAACUACAAGGAACAUCUUGUCUUUAUAGAGUCAGAUGAUAAGCUUGAAUAGAUAUACUGGAGUUUUGUCAGUUGAUAGAAUCGUAGUUAUAUCUUCGCUUGCUUCUAAUUGAAUGCUGUGCAAUUCUCAGUCCUUCUCAUUCUACCAUGUUCGGCCAUGUUAAGGACCUAUCUGUAAACAUGCGAGCUGAGAUAAAAGAACAUGAUGAUGAGAAGACUGUCUAUCCACAAUCUCAAAGUCAAUAUGUGUCAAAUACUAAUAGAGAAUUUUGUUCCGCACGAUUGACGUCGCGUUGCAGCGCACAAUGGUUUCACGGGCAUUAUUCCCAUGGACUAGCGAUACAUAGUUGACGCGAUUAGAUAGACCAGAUUCUCGUUCACACAAUCUCUCAUCGGUAACUGGUGAUAAAUGCGAGUGGCAACUACGCUUCCUCAUCGAUAUCGCAUGGUAUCAUUAACGUCGAGGCUGUCUGCAUAUAAUGAUCACUCGCCGAAAUGGCCUUGCG